AUGACUGGGGCAUUUUGUGACUUGGAUCGCUGCUGUGCCACACUUGUUUCCCUGCCACGCCAAGAGCGUGAAGGACCUUCAGAUCCUGCAGUACUUCAUACGAAAAGGCACCAGCGCAGGCAUGGCAAUGUAAAUCAGCAUGGGGAAUUUGUGAUCUCACCUGUGGAAGGGGAGCUACGUGUGAGAAAGGAUGCUGAACUGGACCGAGAGAACAUUGCUUUUUAUAAUCUCACCAUCGAGGCCAAGGACAGAGGGCUGCCUUCUCUCAGUUCUACGACUGGUAUUGUAUAUGUCAAUCGCCCAUUGGACAGGGAGCGAGUGUCAGAAUAUAGACUGACGAUAACAGUGAAGGACAAUCCUGAAAACGCACGCAAUGCAAGAAGGGGGCUGGCGCAGGAUGUAACUAUGCAAAGAGAAAAUCAAAUCGGAAAUACUGAUAUGAAUUCUGAAAAUUCUCACGAUAAUUGUGCUGGCAUCUUCGUCACCACGGUAGUCGCCGGUGGCAUAGCCCUUGUGAGGCCUUUCACCGCCGCCUCUCGCCCCUUCCUGCGGGAUGCCAUCUUCUACAUGAUCGCAGUGUUCCUGACGUUUGUGGCUCUCUAUUUUGAACAGGUCACCUUGGCAGAAGCUCUGAGUUUCCUUGGACUUUACAUCUUCUACGUCUUGACUGUGGUGGUCUCCACUUGGCUCCACAAGAGACAGCGCAGGGAGAGAUUCACCCCACCCAGCCAUCCAGAACCAGAGCUUUCAACGGAUUCCGAAGAGGGUGACAGUGCGAAUGUGAAUGGGGAGGAAGAAUAUCAACCGUUGUUGCCCACGGAGGAGACCACGUUUCAGAUUCUGACUCAGUCCAUCAACCCUCUGGAUUACAGGAAGUGGAGGAGGAAACCCUGCUACUGGAAACUGCUCAAGGCGUGCAAGCUUCCUGUGGAAUUGGUCCUUUUACUGACCGUACCUAUUGUUGAUCCUGACCGGGACGACCAAAACUGGAAAAGGCCUCUGAACUGUCUGCACCUUGUCACCGGCCCCCUCAUCUGCAUUCUCGCCCUGAAAUCUGGAACCU